AUGGCGACUUCAAACCUACGACAUGUUGGCGAAGACGCCUUCGAUAGCUCCGCUGAUGCAGCCGACGCGAGUCAUAGGCGCUUGCCCAGCGGCCAUAGGGGUGAGGCGGUCGAAAUGAUAACGUCGACGGAUUCGCUGGGGUCGCAGUCGCCGUUGCCGACGAAACGGCCUGCACUUUUGGCUCAUAUGGGCCUGGGAGGCGUGGCUAGAAGGACACUGGGCAUCUGUUUGCUACUGGUGACGGUUUUCCUAUGGACAUUGUCCAAUUUUCUUGCGAGCUUCAUCUUUUCCGACCACACAUACGACAAGCCAUUCUUCCUCGUCUACAUAAACACCUCCAUCUUUGCGAUCUCAUUGGUACCAAUGUUUACGAAAUACUUGCUCAGGAACGGCGUACGGGGCAUGCGCCACGACUUGAUUCAAAUGUGGACAGAAUACAGACAACAGAGCUCAUAUACGAAAGCCGCGACAGAGGACGACGACCUCGACAAUGAGAGAUUGAUGGCGGGCAGCGAGACGGCUGUAGAGGCCAUCCCCAGACUCGACGAAAAACUAAGCUUGCGCGAAACAGCGAUUCUCAGUUUGGAAUUUUGCAUGCUUUGGUUCUCUGCCAACUACUUUGCAUCGGCGUGUUUAGAGUACACUAGCGUGGCGAGCGUUACGAUUCUCACGUCCACAAGCAGCGUGUGGACAUUGGUCUUUUGCGCAUUACUCCGCGUCGACCCAUUCUCCGUGCGGAAACUCAUUGGCGUCUUGGCCUCACUUGUUGGCGUAGUGUUGAUUUCGACUGUUGAUUUGACUGGGAAGAGCGACGAGAACAGAGGAUCCUUCCCGCACAAGACAACUGGACAGAUUGCCGUUGGUGAUUCAAUGGCGCUCCUCAGUGCCGUGAUUUACGGCAUGUAUAUUACGGUGAUGAAGAGGCGGGUGGGUAACGAGGAAAAAGUCGAUAUGCGGCUCUUCUUUGGCUUGGUGGGCGUGUUUAAUCUUGUCUUGUUGUGGCCUUUAUUUUUCAUCUUGCAUUGGACCAAUAUCGAGCCUUUUGAAAUGCCCCCAUCUGGCAACAUUUGGAUGAUUAUUAUUGUCAACUCGCUGGCCUCAUUUGUCAGUGACAUCGCUUGGGCGUUUGCUAUGCUCUUAACCACUCCGCUGGUCGUGACUGUUGGGCUUUCUCUCACCAUCCCCUUGUCUUUGAUCGGGGAGAUGAUACAAUACGGACAGUACUCAAGCUUUAUGUAUUGGAUCGGCGCAGUGGUGGUAUUCAUGUCAUUUGUCUUUAUCAAUAAUGAGAGCAUGGAAAAUGGGGACAACGAGGAGAAUGGUCGGGCGGAACGGUGA